UCGUGAAACUAAAGGAACAUGAUCUUCUGGUAAUCGAAAUGGGGACAAAUGAGACUGCCAUCAAUUGUCUAAAAAGUAGUGUUAAAGAUCAGGAAUUCUUGGCUGAAACAACUGGAGACAACAAGGAUAGAAGAAAUAUUUCAUUAUUGCAUCCAGCCAAAGGCAAGGGUUAUUAAAAAAAAAUGACAGAUUUAGGAUAUGAACCUUUAGUUAAGAUGAUAUCAGAAAAUGGUAUUUGGAGCAUGGUUGAAAAUAAGAUGAAUGAUGGUCUCCUUACCUGAGAUAAGAUACUCUUAAUAAGAUUCAGUAAAAAAAAAAGAAAAGUAAAGUAAAAAAAAUUGUAUUGAAUAUUAUACAAACCUAGCCAAAAAAUAAAAGUAGAAAAAAUAGUCCCUAACAUGGAGUGAGAUAAAAGGAGAAAAAUGAGGUUGCAGUCAUUUAGGAGAGAGGUCCAAUUCCCUUCAGUUUGCCAAAAGUAUUGGCUUUAAAAAAAGGUGGGGGGCAUCUUAUAAUGAUCCAGUCCCAGAGAUGGAAGUCCCUGCUUGUCCUCUGAGGAGUUUAUCACAUCCAAUUAAGUUCUUCAGAAGAAGGAAGCAUAUACUCUUUCCAUAAAUCAGCUAUUUCUGCUGCAAACAUCACAUCCUGUGUGACUGUAAAUACCAGAUAGAGGAAGGGACAGGAAAGCCUCAAAGGGUGGUUCAUUAACAAGGACUUUUGUACCUAGAAGGAGGCCCCGCUUCAGGGUCCCAGAGACCUUGAGAGAAAUCAUCCUAAGAAACUGACGGACACCUCAGCAGAAACUCAGCAAGAGUUAUCAGAGGAAACAGCACCAGCUACGGCAUCAUGACAUCCCAACCCGUUCCCUCUGGCAUGUUCAUGAUUCUGACUCCCAAUGGAAUCAGUAUCCCCCAGACGCAACAAUCUGAGGCUUCCUCUUCAUCAAACAGCAACCUGAAGAAAGGGCUUAAGGAAGAGUCCAAAGCUCUUGGGACCAUCCAGAUCUUAAUGGGACUGAUGAUUUUGAGUAUGGGGAUCAUUUUGGCAUGCAUAUAUGAUGACUCCUACUUCAAGUAUUCCUCUUACAAAGUUGUCAAGUCUGGGUACCCGUUUAUAGGUGGUGUAACGUUUAUCAUUUCUGGAUCACUCUCUAUAGCAUCAGAGAGGAAAAAGACGAAAUCUUUGAACCGCUUCAGCCUGGCUGCCAACGUGGUCAGUGGCAUUGAGGCCACAGCUGGUCUCAUCUUGCUCUCUGCCAUCCUGCCUGAGAUCCAUGAAGAUUUAUCUCAGUGUCUUCACGCAACCCACCAAGAAAAACAGGACAACGAUUAUGUCCACAGUUAUGAUAUAUAUGACUUCAAUUCCUGGGCUUGCCACAUGGCCCACUCUGCUCUCACUGGGAUUAUGUCUGUGAUGCUCAUCUUUACCGGCCUGGAGUUAAGCAUCGCUCUGUUUGUGGCUUUCUUUGACUGGAGGAAGCUGUCGGGGGAGUCCGAUGGGGCUGUCCUGUUCCUAUCACGUGGUCGCCACAUCGCUGCCAACUUAAAGGCGUCUCUUUCUAACCCUUCCUAUGAAGAGUUUGGGGCCUCUGCCUAGAAGAUCCUGAGGGUUUGCUGCUGGGGCUUUGGAGGUCACUAUCACGUGAGAUUCACUGCCCAACAGAACUGUGAUUCAAGGUCCUGCAAAUGUCUGACUCUGAUGAAGAAGCAGAAAAUGUUUGUCUCUGGUCUUAAAGUCAAUUUCUUUCUUCCACACGGGUCAUCAUCGGCAUGGUUGUCCUUGCUUCAGCCUCAUGCAGGGUUACCAAGAAACAGUAUCUCUGUGGAGCAUCUUGCAAACUGCCCCCAGCCUCCCCUCCCCUGCUGCAGGCAGUGGACUGCCAGAUGGGGAGGGGGUGCUGCGGCUUCUUCUGCUCAGAUGGAGUCCUAUUAUUUCUCUCUCAUGGCUGCCUUUUGCUGCCCUUUGCUUGGGCUGGAGAGCUGAGCCCCGGGCUCUUGCCAGAGCUGGGAUGUUUCCCACAUUCCUUUCGCCUCUCUAGGAGCAGAGCACAGGAGGCUUGGAGUUCAAUCAGGGAAAUGCUGCUGCAGUUUGCUUACUAAUAAAUUCUUUUUUUUUUUGGACUUUAA